UCUACUACUGCCCGUUUUGACAGGCCAACUUUUCCGUCUCACCUUUUCCCAAGGUCGACCAGCCAGUUUCUCUGUCAUGGCGCCGCCCGUGUUGUGAAUUCUCGUCAGCUUGGUUGCAACAUUUCAGGCGCCAUGGGCACGCGAGUUACUCAGGCAACACCGCUGCAUUUUCCCGACAAAUCAUUGGCCGGUGUGGCCAGGCUACUGGAUGACUUGCACCGGCUUAUGGAAGACAGGGACUCGGCCGACAUCGUCUUCCUCGUCGGCCGCGAGGAAGUGCCCAUCUAUGCUCACUGUCUCAUCCUCAGGGCAAGGUGUACAAAUUUUCAAAACCUAAAAAGAGGAGAAGUAUGUAAAGUCCCAGGGUCCACGGUGACGCCCGCACCUCCUGGCAGUCCUACGCCAAUUCGUCUUCCUCAUGCUAAGCCAGACGUCUUUCAGUCUAUUCUUAUGUACAUCUACAUGGGAAAGAUCCACUUGCAAGAUAGCACUGUGUUUGAAGCUCUAGCACUAUCCCACGAACUAGGCAUUGAGGAGUUACGGCAAAGCUGUGAGGAUCAUGUCACGAGCACCAUGUCCAUACAUAAUGCCUGUACAUUCUUGGCCUCAGCACUUGCCAUGGAAGACAGAGUUUCAAGUUCAGGAACCAAAGGUGGCAAGUCUUUCGUUGACAGAUGCACGGCAUAUGUUGGUGAAAAUGCGCCAGAAUGUGUCAAAACAACAGCAUUUUUCAACCUUCCUAAAGAUGCUGUGAUCCAUCUUGUAUCCUCAGAUUAUCUAGCAAUGGAAGAGGAAGAUGUCUGGCGUGCAGUUCUUUCUUGGGCCAAACAUCAUGCGGGUGUCACUCAACCAACUGCACACUGGACUGAAGAAGAACGAGCAAGAAUUUGCCAGCAACUACUUGGAGUGAUCAACUACGUUCGUCUUCUGCUUAUCGAUAGUCAAGUAUUUGCAGAAGAGGUAGAACCAACUGGUGCUGUUCCAAUGGAGCUCACUCUAGAAAGAUAUCGAUAUGCAGCAUUGCCAAGCAAAUUCACUCACUUGGAAGAACGACACCUCCAACCAAGGACAUCUCUGCGACUCUUCCAAGGUUCUCAGCUCUUAAUUGGCCACAAACUCAGACUGCAGCAAGUAGUGAAUGCAUGGUACGGGAGUCCCAAACAAGUAUGGAGGCUGCUUUACAGAGCAUCCAACCAUGGGUACUCCGCUGAAUCAUUUCAUCAUCACUGUGAUGGGCACAGUCCUACUUUUGUGUUUGUACUGGGAGCACAAGGACAGCUGUGUGGCGGCUUCAGUGACGUUCCUUGGGGAAAGACAGGUGGCCGAGGACGGUAUAUUGCUUCAGAAAAGGCGUUUCUGUUUACGCUCAUCAACAAUGCUGAUGUACCACCCACAAAGUUUGACAUCGUUAAGAAAAUGUUCGCCAUAUCCCAUCAUCCGGAGUAUGGUCCAAUCUUUGGUGCUGGUGCAGACCUGAGCAUCGCCAACCACUGCAAUGCAAACAUGGAGAGCUAUUCAAACUUGCCUCACUCCUAUGAUGGUGAAGGGGCAUCAUGUACACUUUUAAUGGGAGACUACAACUUCUCUGUCUUGGACUAUGAGGUCUUCACUACUCUGGGAAAAUAAUACUGUGCCACUUCUA